AUGAAGAGGCUACUUUACUUCUCCUUCCUCUGCAAAACUGUGUCUUCCAUUCGUUCUCCUCGCUCCCACGAUGCUGCCCUCCUCUUUGCCGUCUUACCUUUCUCGGCCUCUGCCACCGCCGCCGCCGCCUCAUCCACCACUGGGAAGCACAUGUUCAUGGCCCAAUACCUCAUCGACUCAUGUGGCUUCAACCAGGAGAAAGCCACCGAGGCCUCGAAGCUUCUCAAGGGCAUUCAAUCCCGGCAGCAGCCCGACUCCGUCCUUGCUUUCCUCAAAAGUUACGGCUUCGAUGACGCAUCAGUAAAAAAGCUCGUACAUUGCUUCCCCCAAUGUCUUCUUUUGGACUUAGAGAAGGCACUUUCCCCAAGGCUUCGAGCUUUCGAAGAUCUGGGUCUCUCCCCAUCCGACAUCAUCCACCUAGUCAGGUCGAAUCCCUCCACCAUCCAAAUGAAACACGAACGCAUUCGAUCUAAGAUCGAAUUUUGGCAAGGCCUUCUCAGCUCCAAGGAUGCACUGGUGAAGUUGAUCAAGAGAAACCGAGCGAUUCUUACGUUCAGCAUCGAGAAGAAGAUCCAGCCCAACCUUGAGUUGCUUCGGGAAUGUGGCUUGGACGGCCCAAAACUUGCCUUUGUGUUGCGGAAUUGCCCCCUGAUCGUGGCACAGAAUGCUGAUUUUUUGAAGUCCUUGAUCUGUCGUGCUGAGGACUUGGGAGUGCCACGGACAUCGGGGAUGUUCCAUUGCACUCUGUUUGCACUCUUCAAUGUCAGUCCAGAGAAGUUCAAGAUGCAAAUGGAAUUCUUCCAGAGCUUUGGGUGGUCAGAGGACGAUUUUGUUGUGGCAUUCCAGAAAUGUCCUACCUUCCUUCUUGCGUCUUUGACGGUUUUGCAGAGAAAAAUGGAGUUCUUGAUAAAUGAGGCAGGAUAUACUUCUUCUUACAUUGCUAUACGUCCAGUAAUAUUGACACUCAGCUUGGAGAGAAGGUUGAUUCCAAGACAUCGGAUCUUGGCAACUUUGAAGUCUAGGGGGCACUGUGAAAGGGAUUACAAAGUGACAACAUACAUGAUGCUUUCCGAGGCUAAAUUUGUAGAGAAGUACAUUAUCCUCUACAAGGACAGGUAUCCAGAUCUGAGUGAACUCUAUGCUAGUUUAAACCAUACUAAUGGUUCUGAUUCUGGACUUCAAUGA